UUAUAAUAUUCGUAUAUAUUUAUGUGUCAUACAUACAAUAAAAAUUAUAUUUAUAAUAUAUAAAUUAAAAGAUCAAAAUUUUGUUCGAAUAUAUUUCUACUUUGGAUAACUUUUACGAAUUAUGGAAUAAUAUUGCCAUAAGAAAUUGUAUAAUUCCGUUUUAUGUAAAUAGAAUUAACACAAUUGAAUAUCAUUAAUAUCAAAAUUUAUCCCAGAAUUAAUGAAAAACAAUACGGAAUGGCUUCAGCAUCGAGUACAAGUGCACGCAGUUUAUUUGUUGAUUCAAAAAUGCGAUUAGCAGAUAGAGUUCAAGUUAAUGUCAAUAAUAUUGCGUCGCUUGCAAGACAGAUCCAAAGGGGUUCAAAAAGUAGUGAAAUUCUAAUGCAUGCUGCAAAAAAUUUUGCGCAACAAGAACAUGGAUUAGAGAUGGCAGAAACAAACUUGAAAAAACUUGCACUUAUUGUAACCCAUUUGGAAUAUCAAAUGGAGUCAAUAGAUAGAAGUUCUGUGUUACUGGAAGAAGUUACUGAACAAGUUCGAGCAAUGCAACGUUAAAAAUUUGUCACAUUGAUAAUUUUAAAUUUAAUAAUACUGUAAAAUUUCUUUAAUAAUUUAUUUUUUAACAUUUUAAUGUCAAAGUAUUUAUAUGUUUAUUUAAAAUAAUUUAUAUACCGACACA